AUGCACGAUCCAAUUUGCCCUUCCAUCGACCCAUUCGUGUCGAGUGUAGAGGCCUACGAUGGUUUUGUCAUACUAGAUAGUGCGGUCGUACCCUCUGCGUUCGUACCCCACGAGCGAUGCUCUUUCGGAGGUCCACAGUCGUCUCAGCGAAAUGCCAUUUUCCGGACUAGAUGUACCAUUGGUGAACGAGUUUGUGACCUUCUGAUUGAUAAUGGGUGCACUGAAAAUGUAGUUUCUCGCUCCUUGGUACAGGCCCUCCAGCUCAAAACUACAAAAAAUCCUCAACCUUAUAAAAUUAGUUGGGUUAAAAAGGGAGUAGAAAUCUCAGUUGUGGACAUGUGCCGGGUUAAUUUUUCUAUUGGCAGGAAUUAUACCUGCGAGGUUCUCUGUGAUGUUAUUGAUAUGGUCGUUUGUCAUAUUAUUUUGGGCCGUCCCUGGCAAUAUGAUAACGGUGCUGUAUAUGACUGUCGGCAUAAUACCUAUUCGUUUGAAUGGAAAGGUAGGAAAUUGCGUCUGUUACCACACGUUAAUACUCCCGUUGACAGCACUGGAAAUAACAAGGCUGUUCUUAACAUUGUAUCGGGGCCUGUUUUUAUGUCGGAUCAGCCUGUGUGCAUUUAUGCAUUGGUGACGAUCGACAGUCCUCCAGACGUGCCGCCUAUGGUGCAGUCACCCGAAAUUCUCAAACUGCUGCAGGAAUUUCGUGAUCUUAUGCCCUCGGACUUACCUUCCGAACUACCGCCUAUACGCAUGAUCCAGCACCAAAUUGACUUGGCGCCCGGUGCUAAUUUACCAAAUCUCCCGCACUAUAGGAUGAGUCCUAAAGAACACGAAAUUCUGCAGGAAAUGGUCGACAACUUAUUAAAGCAAAAGUUCAUUCAGCCCAGUCUCAGCCCCUGCGCUGUGCCGGCACUACUCGUUCCGAAAAAGGAUAAUAAAUGGCGAAUGUGUAUAGAUAGCAGGGCUAUCAACAAAAUCACUACCAAAUUUCGCUUCCCUGUACCCCGCAUUAAGGAAAUGCUGGAUAAGCUAGCGGGAUCUAAGUUUUUCUCUAAGCUCAACCUCCGCAGUGGAUACCAUCAAAUACGUAUUCGUCCAGGGGAUGAAUGGAAGACGGCAUUCAAGGCGAAACAGGGCUUGUUCGAAUGGCGAGUCAUGCCAUUUGGGUUGUGCAAUGCACCGGCCACAUUCAUGCGAUUAAUGAACGAGGUACUUAAGGAACAUCUUAACCGCUUUUGUGUUGUUUAUUUCGAUGAUAUUUUGAUCUACAGCCCAUCGUUCGAAGAGCAUCUUCAACUCCUCACAAAGGUGUUAUAG